CUCUUUGUCUGGACCGACUACAACGGCGGGACUUGUUGGCUGAAGCACCAGGUCGGGCCCAAGUCUUUCCUAGCCGGCGCGAAAGCCGCCGUCCGCAACACCGCUUGCAGUCCGCUCGUCCAAGAUGUCGACUACUUUGGCAACGACAUCGGGUCGUCUUCGCAAUCGAAUGCGUCUGGAUGCUGUGCCGACUGCAAGGCGACGGCUGGCUGCAAGGCGUACUCGUGGAGCGACUACAACGGCGGGACGUGCUGGCUCAAGUCAGCCAAGGGCGUGGCCAUCGCUCGACCAGGGAUCGUGUCGGGCACGAUCUAA